GAGAGAGAGAGAGAGAGAGAGAGAGUGGGCAUGCUGAGGGGAGAGGACGCGCAUGAGCGAGGGAUUGUGGCAUUUACUUGAGAUUCACACGACUGACAGUUGAACAUAGAGCGCCGACUCUUACCGUGUCUAGCAGGAAUUACGCCGCAGACAGUCGUCUCUUUACUCACAUUCCAGAGUUAGAAUGGGCGAUAUAUUCCGGAAAUUUAACAUUGAAGGAACUUGAAUAUGUGCAGUGUUGCUGGGAUCUGAGCUAACAGAUUGUGUGUGGACCAGGGCUUUGCUGUGACUAUCUUGGAGGAGGUGUGCGGUGUUGCUGGAUCCUUCGAGAGCUCUGCGACCCACUGAGCACAGUCCUCACACACACACACACACAUAUACACACACACAUACACACGCACACACACAUACGCUCACACACGCGCACACAGAGAGAGCCCUGGCCACAGAGAGCCAUGGUCACAGAGAGCGGACGAUAAUCUCUCAAAGAUUGAUGAGGCCCUGCUUCUAGGGUGGAGGCCUGGCCCUCUGUCGAUAAGGCAGCUUCCAUUUCACCUCCUCCCCUCCUCCUCUGUUCCCUGGUCCAGAGAGGUGGGGCAACGCCAGCGUGGAAUGGGAGAGGGGCGUCCGACACCAGAGGCCCACUAGGGGCGAAAACAUCAGUGUUUUUGAAGAGGCGAGUCUUCAUAUCCUCUGAGCCUCGCGGGUAGACACCGGCCAUGUCCUCUUGCUCCUAUCGUCCGCUCGGCUCCCCAGGGCUGCUCCCUGGAGCGCCUGCCUAAGCCCCGAGCCAACACAACCAUGUACCUCAGGGAGAGCUGCUGUCGCUGGAACAAGCCCCGCCCCAGGUGCGAGACCGUGAGCUGAGAGGAGAGACGGGCCGGCACCAUGUGCAACAUUACCUUCUGCAAUGUGGACUCCAAGAUCGACCAGUACUUCCAGCCCACGCUCUAUAUCAUCGUCAUCGUGCUCGGACUGCCCGCCAACUGCAUGGCAUUGUGGGCCGCCUACCUGCAGGUGAGGCAGAGGAACGAGCUGGGCAUCUACCUGAUCAACCUCUCCAUCGCCGACCUCCUCUACAUCUUCACCCUGCCUCUGUGGAUCGACUACUUCCUGCAGCACGACGACUGGAUCCACGGGCAGGAGUCCUGCAAGCUGUUCGGCUUCAUCUUCUACACCAACAUCUACGUCAGCAUCGCCUUCCUGUGCUGCAUCUCCCUGGACCGCUACCUGGCCGUGGCUCACCCGCUCCGCUUCGCCAAGGUCCGCCGGGUCAAGACGGCCCUGCUGGUCAGCGCCGUGGUGUGGGUCAUCGAGGUGGUGGCCAACUCCGCCCCGCUCUUCCACGACGAGCUGUUCCAGGACCGCUUCAACCACACCUUCUGCUUCGAGAAGUACCCCAUGCAGGACUGGGUGGCGGGCAUGAACCUCUACCGCACCUUCCUGGGGUUCCUGGCGCCGUGGGCGGCCAUGCUGGCGGCGUACCGCGGGAUCCUGCGGGCGGUGAGGGGGAACGUGUCGACGGAGCGCCAGGAGAAGGCCAAGAUCAAGCGUCUGGCCCUCAGCCUGAUCCUCAUCGUGCUGCUGUGUUUCGGGCCCUACCACUUCCUGCUCCUGUGGCGGAGCAUCCUGUUCCUCAGGAAGCCGUGCGACUGCGGCGCCGAGGAGGACCUGUUCGCCGCGUACCACGUGGCGCUGGCGAUGACCAGCCUCAACUGCGUGGCCGACCCCAUCCUGUACUGCUUCGUCAACGAGGGGGCGAGGAACGACGUGGGCCGCGCGCUCUCCUCGCUGCUCUCGUGCUUCCACCGCGGCGGGGGCGCGCCGCCCGCCGACGCUCUUACCGCCGGCUCGGUCACCUUGGAAACGCCGCUGUCAGCCAAGAAGCAGACGGUGGCGUACGGCGUGGCGGGCAGGGAGGGGAAGCCGAGCACGUACAAGACUGAGCUGGUCGCCCUGAGAGGAGAGUGUCUACAGAUGACUAUACUCAGUGUUAAGAAAUGACCAGAGGAUUGUUCUAGGGCAGCGCACACACAGUCUGGAGUUUGUGACGCGCACGCACAGAUCAUGUUACUAUUGACUCAUGUGGGCCUGCUAGACAUCUGGCUCCAGCACGCAGGACUGUAGAAAUAGAAACUGGGGUUUGUUUUGUGACCAGGGACCAGGAACUGUACUGAUUUGUAAAAAAAAAAAAAAGAAUAGAGGUGAUUUUUUUUCUUUUUGUUGUCUUUUUUCUUUUCUUUUUUGUGAAACGUGAAAAUGAUUGGGGUAUGGUUUUGAGUUGUUGUUGUUUUGGGGCAAAUUGUUGCUUGUACCUCAUAGUGUAUGAAGAACUGUGAUUGUUAACCAUGUGUAGGUGAAGAGGAGGAGAGCAUCUGAGGAAUGUGAUCCAAGCAGGACGCAUGUGGACAGGAAGCCUACUGCCCCUGGGUCAGUACAGACUUUAAAUUCAACUCUACGGGACCCAGUUUAAACCUGGUCUAGGACUAGACUAGUCUGAGGUUGAGUGUGUGUUGGUCUGAGAUUAGGUUUAAUCUAUGUCUGGGAAACCACAUGUUUACAUCUGUCCUCCCACCAACUCUAGAUGCCUUGGAACUGCCCUGUCUCUGUUUCUCUGUAUGUCUGACUGUCUAUCUGACUGCUUAUCUGUGUGUUUGACUGUCUGUCUGACUGUUCCUCUGUAUGUCCGACUGUCUGUCUGACUGUUUCUUUGUAUGCCUGUCUGUUUGUUUGUUGUCUGAGGAGAGAAGCUCAAGGUUACUCUUGUCCUUCUGUUCAACAAUAUCACUGGGAAAUAAACUAUGUGUGUCCAAGUC